AUGAGACCCUACACAAGUACUCCUCAAAUUUAACAUAGGGAAUAGGCGCAAGUAAAUAACCCAUUUAUAUAGUUAAAGUCUGCUAUUGAGUUUCGUCAAAAUGUUCAACAUUAUAAGUAUAUUGAUUAUCUAUAUCCGAAGACCGAAAUUCUAUGUAACCAAGGCGCAUUAGGAUUCGAAUGAACAAUUCCUUUCCAGGUAUUUGAGAAUAUUCAUAUUUAAGCAAAACAAGGGAUCCGCCAAAUUCUAGAGAAUUCAAGAAGACCAUUCCUAUAACAAUGGUUUAAGAUAAGGAGAGAUUGUAUGAGGAACUUAAUAAGACAAAGCAGAUGUGUAAUAAUCUAAAAUUGGAGAAUCACCAACUAAAGGCAUAAAUUAAAAGUUAAGAAACUGCCAUGCUCAAAUGUAGUGAUGUACUUCAUAAUUUUAUUUAGCCUGUAAAUGAAGAUUACCAAUCUUUUGUUACAAAUCCAUUGCCUUAGCAUUAUAAGAAACAAAUUAGUGAAAUCCCACAAUCGACUAUUAUUUUGUAAUUGAAGAAACAGAAUAAGGAUUUGAGGGAAGAGCUGGAUGAUUUUAAAGAGGAGAUGAUAAGAGUGAAGAGAAGUGCCAAAUUGACAAAAAUUUAGGAAUUGGAAGCUGAAUUGAAAAAUUACUCAGAUGAAUCUUUGCGUUUGAAACAGCUUCUUCAUCAAUAAAUAUUGAAGACUAUGAAUCCGUAAUUUAUUUUUUGACCUUUCUAGUACUAAAACGGAAUAAAAUAUCGAGGAAAGAAUCCUAACCUUAUAAGAACAGUUGCAGAAAUGCAGCUAAGCGAAAAAUAAAUUUUAUUAAGAAUUGAAGAAAGCUGAAGAAGAAAUUAAAAAUUUGAACCUCCAAAAUUCGGAGUUGGACUAGAAUUAUUAGAAAAGCAUAAAGGAGAAGACAUAAAUAAAGAAGCAAUUAACUUCAUUAGAGGAAUAAUUCAAUAAGGCUUAAUUAAAUGAUCCAUUAUUCAGAAGAGGGUAAGAUGUUACUUAAAUGAAAUUGGAAUUAGAGAGGAAAGUUGUAGAGAAUAACCAAUUAAAGAAUGAUAAUAUGAUAAAAGAUAAGAAGGUUCAUGACUUGGAAAGAUCACUCAAAGACGUUACAAGUACCUUCUAAGAUAAACUGAAUACGGUCACUAAGGAAAAGGAAAGCUUUAAAGAGAAAUAUGAGAAGCAGAAGCAAGAACUUAUCGAAUUGCAAGAUAAAUAUUAGCAAUUGUUUUUCAACAGCAAUAGAAAUCUUCAAUCAUAGUAAAUUUAAAGUGGCAGAAGGGAUGCCAUUUUUACAGUGCAAUCCUAAGAGGAUAUUCAGAAUCAAAGGAGAAAAUCUCAAGAACUUACACCUGAUAUGCACAAAUAAAACGAUAUAUAAUAAUAGCAGCAAUAAUCUACCCAAUAAGAGAAACAAAGCUAUAGAAGGAAAGUGCAAAGAAAGUUAAGUUCAAUUCGACAGGAUGACAUUGAAGAGUUGCUUACUUAGUUAAGAUAUAAAUUAAGGGCAUAGAAUAUCAGGAAUGCAGAAUUAGAAUUAUAUCUAUUUCGGUAGAAGGACACAAAUGAGACUUCUUUAGGAGAGAUGAUUUAGAUUCUACAGAACAAGCCUUUUAAUUUAAAUCAAAAUGAGAGUGUAUUGAUAUCUCGUUAUUUGAUUGAACCUUAUGGUGAGAAGGAAAUCACUUAUAACAUCAAUUUAACCAAAGACAAUGAGAGCAUUUUGCAGACCCUGAUUAGAGCAAUUGGUAAAUACAAUAUAUUGGUUGGAGAGGAUAGAAUUCAAAUGCAUGAGCAGAUAAGACAAAAACUGAAUGAAAAAAAGGAUGAUUUGAUGGCCUAUCUAAAGCCCAAGAAGUAACAAGGAAAUUCAUCAUAAUCAAUAUCGGCUCAAUUACCAGGCAGUUUGGUGAAUAGAUAGCAAUUCAAAACGGCAUUGUUAUAGACUUCAUUGGAUGAGGAAUAGACAGAUGUUCUGUUAUAAACAAUAUAUGAAUAGACUUAGGAUUUCAAUUUCAUAGAUUUGGAUAUGGUUUUUGAGACUUGGCCAAGUUCAGGACCAAUUAAAAUAACUAGAGUUUAGGUAGAAUAAUAAAAAGAAGAUGGGGAAUUACCUGACACAGUGCGGGAAUGUAUAGAGUGUUUGUUAGAAUAUGCUAAUAAAAACGGAUUAUCAAUAUUAGAUUUGAGAAAGCAGAUUGAUGAGGAUAAUAGUGGUCAUGUGGAGAGAUCUGAAAUGAAAUAGUUUUUGCUUAAGUGUGAUAUUCAAUUAAAUAAUGAAUAGUACGAUUUAAUUUUAGAUCAUUUUGAUUUGGAGGGAGAUGGUAGGAUAUCGACUAAUGAUAUUGGUGUUGUAUUGAAUAAGGCGUAUAAUCAAAAGAUGUUGGCUAUGAAGGAACAGAGAAGUGCAAAGAAAACCUCGAAAUGUAUUAAUAUGUAUAUUUAGAAAUCUUAAAUUUGGUGGCAAACCAUUUUGUUUAAUUUAUGUAGACUAAUAAAUUGGAUCUAUUUGAAAUAUUCAUGACUAUCGAUUAGGAUGGCUCAGGAUCUGUGAGUAGGGAUGAGUUUAAAUAAAUGUUGAGAACUCGAGUAAGUGUAUAUACUUAAAUGGAAGAUUGUAAUUCCUUUGGAUUAGGAGGAGUAUGCAGAGUUUUUUAAGCUGAUUGAUAAUACAAAUGAUGGAUAGAUACACUUCAAUGAGUUUUAAUAGCAUAUGAUACCUGAGAUUGAGAAGAUCACCUAGAGACCCUAUCAUGAAUUCUUAAAUGAGCAAAUUACUAAGAAAGUUGGAUGAUUAAUAUAUUAAUAU